CAUUCGUCGCUGUUCGUGCCGCCGGACACGUCGGGCCUGACGAAGCGCGAGGCGCGCCUCGUGAAGAACCGGGCGGCGGCCUUCUUGUCGCGCCAGCGGAAGCGCGAGCAGUUUGAAGAGCUCGCGUGCAAGUGCCGUGCGCUCGCGCGCCUCUCGUGGCUGCUGUGGAGCUCGCUGGAGCACGCGACGGAGGCCUCGCCCAUGGCCGUGCUCACGCAGCACGGCCUCGACCGCGUGCUGAGCGCGACGCCGCUGGGCGAGCAGCUGCAGUACGAGUCAGACGAGCUGCGCGCGACGCUGCAGCAGGUCGUGACGCAGCAGGGCACGAUGAUCGUCGAGAGCAUCAUGGGCGACGAUGUCCCGCUCAAGGCCAAGCCCUACGACGUGUCGGCCCAGCUCGCGGCCACCCAGAAGGAGUGCGAGCACCUGCGCGCGGAGCUCGCGCGCGCGCGCGCUGCGCCCCCGGCGCCGGCCCCCGAGGGCGCGCGGGACGAGUCGCUCUCGCUCGUCCGCACGGUCGGCGAAAUGAUGAUCAAAAUGUCGCAGGCGGCGCCGGAGGGCGGCGCGCCCGCGGACAAGGAGGCCGCGCUCGUGCGUGACGAGGCGGCGAUGCAGAUGCGCGUCCACGUGGCGCCUGGCAGCGACACGGUGCUGUGCACGGUGCUGUCGGAGCCCGUGGCGCCCGGGCCGGCGGCGCCCGACGACCUCGACGACAAGUCGUGGCGGUGCUCGACGCCGGCCGACUCGAGCGACGCAUCGAUGCCGUCGCUGUGCUCGAGUGCGUCGCCCACCCUCUCGUCGCUGUCGUCGGGGAGCAGCGCGUCGCGGCGCCAGCGGCGCGUCGUCGUGUACUGUGCUGGCACGGAGCGCUCGCCGUCGCUGCUGGACCACCUGCGCCCCACCUGCCUCGAUGCGUGGGCCGCGGCGCAUGCGCCGCAGCUGCACGACACCGGCGACGCCCCCGAUGCGGCCGAGGCACUGCACGCGCUGCUCCGGCAGCGCGGCGUCGAUGUGCGCGAGGGCUGCUUCCUUGUGGGCUCGCACGACCCAGACGGGCCCAAGGCGCCUACGAGACUGGCGCUCUAUGCCAAGGGCGCCGAUGACACCCCCCUCUCGCCGCCCAGUCGGCCGCCCCCUCUCCUCUCUUCCGUGCGCGAGACGCUGCGGGCGCUGGCCGAGGAGGCCGCCUAG